AGGCGGGGUAAAAUGCCUUUGACAAUCACGGUUCUGAGUUGGUAAACAGCGUUGACCUCAUGGUGGAAGACGACACACUGUUAGGGGACGAGGCUGCAUAGCAUUGAAAAUAAAUCCAAACAGUCGUAAUUACUGGCGGUGUGAGGGAGACCCACCAUGGCAGCCGACAUGAUGUUGGUGAUGCGUGGCUUGGCCAAGCUGAGCCAGGCGGUAAUAGACACUCAGGCCAGCACACUGCGUAUUGGAGGAGCCCAGGCCAUGGCCCAGAGCAUGCAGAUGACUGCAGAGCAGAGCCUGGGAGUAGCCAUGCAGAAGAUGCAGGAGUUUGGUGGGCAGCAGCAAAGCGUGUCUGACAACUUCCCAGCAGACAUAGACAGUAAGUAUGACUUCUCCGAAGCAGAGGGGAGCAGCAUGGACAGUGGGGAACACGUAGAGCCAGGGUUCAGAGAAGAGGGACAAGGCGUCUCCUCAGAGGGGAUGGGGACCAAAGACAGCACGAACUGCGGGACAUACAACGGCCAGGCCUCAGUCAAAUCCAAGCUGUUUGAGGGCUACAAGGACCCCAGCAGCCAGUUCUCAGGACAGAUCCGUUCCUACCUAUCCUAUAGCUCCUACCGCUCCUAUCAUCAGGACGGCUCGGGGGUUGGGGGCCUCACGGCCGAGGACAUAGAGAAGGCCAGAGAAGCCAAGAGGAAUGAGAAACCACACAAACAAAUGCUCAGUGAAAGGGCACGAGAGAGAAAGGUACCAGUGACCAGGUUAGGGAGACUGGCUAAUUUUGGAGGUCUGGCUGUAGGACUGGGCUUCGGAGCGCUGGCUGAGGUAGCCAAGAAGAGUAUGAGGCCAAGUGAGGAUAACGCUGACAAGAAGGCCGUUCUGGACUCCAGUCCGUUCCUGUCAGAGGCUAACGCAGAGCGGAUCGUCAGGACGCUGUGUAAGGUCCGCGGAGCCGCACUGAAACUGGGCCAGAUGCUCAGCAUUCAAGAUGAUGCCUUCAUCAACCCCCAGCUGGCCAAGAUAUUUGAGCGUGUGAGACAGAGUGCAGACUUCAUGCCCAUCAAGCAGAUGACGAAGUCCAUCAACAACGACCUGGGCCCUAACUGGAGGGACAAGCUGGAUUCGUUUGAGGAGCGUCCGUUUGCUGCGGCCUCCAUUGGACAGGUCCACCUGGCUAAGAUGAAGGACGGCAGGGAGGUGGCCAUGAAGAUCCAGUACCCCGGAGUGGCUAAAAGCAUCGACAGUGACAUCAACAACCUAAUGACUCUCCUCACCAUGAGCAACGCACUGCCUGAAGGUCUCUUCCCUGAGCAUCUGAUUGAGGUGAUGAGCAGAGAGCUGGCACUGGAAUGUGAUUACAUAAGAGAGGCCAAAUGUGCCAAGAAAUUCCAGGAGCUGCUGAAAGACCACCCGUUCUUCUACGUGCCAGAUGUAAUAGACGAGCUGAGCAGCAACGCCGUCCUCACCACAGAGCUGGUCCCAGGCUUCCCUCUGGACCAGGCUGAACAACUCUCCCAGGAGCUCAAGAACGAGGUCACUAUAUGUGAGAAUAUCCUGAAACUUUGUUUAAGGGAGCUGUUUGAGUUCAGAUACAUGCAGACUGACCCCAACUGGUCCAACUUCUUCUACGACCCACAGACACACAGGGUUGCAUUGUUGGAUUUCGGAGCCACAAGAGGAUUUAGUGAGGACUUCACUGACAUCUACAUCGAGCUCAUCAAGUCAGCAGCAGAGGGAGACAGAGAGGGCGUUCGGAGAAGAUCAGUAGAUCUCAAGUUCCUCACAGGUUAUGAGUCAAAGUCCAUGGUGAACGCCCAUGUGGACGCGGUGAUGAUUCUGGGCGAGGCCUUUGCCUCUAUGGAGCCUUUUAACUUCGGAGCCCAGAGCACCACGGAGCGCAUCCACAACCUGAUCCCCGUGAUGCUGAAGCAGCGCCUCACCCCGCCUCCCGAGGAGACCUACUCUCUCCACCGCAAGAUGGGCGGCUCCUUCCUCAUCUGCUCCCGCCUCGACGCCAAGCUCGGCUGCAAGAACAUGUUCCAGGAGGCCUAUAACAACUACUGGAGGGGCCGCCUCAACCGACCAAGCCAGUGACGGACACCGCAGAGGGCCAAUAGCAGGGCUACAGCAUCAUAGUUACAGAGGGUGUGGACUAUAAGGGGAGGGAUGUUGACCCUAGCCAGACUUUCUCUGCUGUUAAUUUAAUGUAUAUGAAUGGCACUUUUUUGCCCGUCUCUCCCCCGAACCAGAGUAUGUCUGUAUAUUCAUUACCGGUCCAAAGUUUUAGAACACCUACUCAUUCAAGGGUUUAUCUUUAUUUUUACUGUUUUCUACAUUGUAGAAAAAUAGUGAAGACAUCAAAACUAGGAAAUAAUACAUAUGGAAUCAUGUAGAAA